GAUUUUGACAGUUAGUGCUUUAUUGCUUCCAAAAUUUUGCAAUUCCUUGCAAUAAAUAUUUUGUAUUUAAUAGGUAUUUAUGUCAGAAUAAUAGAAUAAACGAUAAAUGUUUCAUUAAGAAGCGGUCGUGUAUAAUCAAACACUAAGUUAAAGUGACACAAACAGGAGUUCGGCAAAUAGAUGAUCUACAAUACAAAACUAUGGACGCAAGCAUCUUAUAACUUGAUUUCAAACUUGUUUAAGUUGAAUUUAUAAGUCGUCUUCAUGUUGAUUCUAUGCCACAACUAUUUUCGCGUUACCCAAAAUAACAAGAAUGAUAACGACGACAUCCAGCAUUUCAGUAAAAAGAAGUUUGUGUUCGGAUUGUUCAUCCUUUUGUUGGUUGAUGUAUUGUGGGUGGUGUCGUCCGAGCUGACAAAGUACAUCUAUGCAGAGGAAAAAAUAGAUAGGCCGUUCCUGGUGUCCUACAUACGCAGCUCUUUGUUAUUUGUUUACCUUGUGGGGUUGUGUUUCUCGCCGCCCACCCGAGACCCCUGUAGACCUGCAGAUUACACACAAUUGUUAGAACCCAAUGCUGAGGCAGAUGAGGAUAACUUUUUUACUGAAUCGAACAAUAGUUUGGGAGACUCAACAUUUGUGCCUGUCCGUGCCGGAGAGACAACAGACAGUGAUGAUGCAACUCCUCGCGCAGUGCGCUUCAACAAAGUGGCUGAGGUACGGGUGAUGUCCGCGGCGAUGGCGGGCGAGGCGUUGCUGGCGCGCCUGUCCUGGGCCGCGUCGCUCCGCGCCAGCGAGUUCGCGCAGCGCCGCGCCGCCGCCGCAGCCACGCGCCGCCACCUGCGCAUGGCGCUCGUGUUCACAGUGCCGUGGUUCAUCUCCAACUACCUGUACCGGCUGAGCCUGCGCAGCGCGCGCACGGGCUCGGCGACGCUCCUGGUGUCGGCGGCGGGCGCGCUAGCCCUCGCGCUGGGCGCGCUGUUCCGGCCCGCGCCUGCCGACCGCUUCACGCUGUCCAGGCUGGUCGGCGUGCUGCUCACGGCAGCCGGGCUGGUGGUGGUCGGAGUGUGGGAGCAGGCGGACUGGGCGGGUGUGCUGGCGGCUCUGGGCGCCGCGCUGACUUACGCGGUACACCUGUUGUUGUUCCGGCUUGAGAUGCGCAAGGGAGACGGCAUCAACUCGCCGCUGCUAGUCGGACUGGUGGGUUGUGCUUGCGGCCUGGGCGGCUGGGCAUUAGGAGGCGCCCUGGCGGCCAGCGGCGCCGAGCGGCUAGCGCUGCCCGCCGCGCCCGCCCUGUCCUGGCUGCUGCUCGACGCGCUGCUCGGCCCGCUCCUGCUCGAGUCGCUGUGGCUGUGGGGCCGAUCGCUGACGUCGUCGCACUGGGCGACGAUGGCGCUGUCGCUGACGCUGCCGCUGGGCGCGGGCUGGGACGCGCUGUGGGCGGGCGGCGCGUGGCGGCCCGCCGCCGGGCUGCUGGCCGGCGUCGGCUGGCUGCUGGCCGUCGCCGACCCUGCUGCCGAUCCGGCCGGCGUGUGGCUGAGGUCACGGCUGAGGACUGAUGGUUUCGAGGUGAUAAGAAACAUCCCAGACCUGGACGAGCAGUCGGAGGCGCUGAUGACCGCCGACGAGCCGACGUAGCGAGCCUCGUAUACGGUUUGUGUGGACACUUCUUGUUAUGCCUAGCGUGUCUGAGCAUCGGACACGCUAUACACCUCAUUUGCAUCGCUGGUAGCCUGGUAUUUUUGUAACGUUUUUUUUAUUGCAAUUCAAAUGGUUGCUUUUUCGACAAAGUUCAGAUAUCCUAGUGUUAGUCCUAAGUUAAUGAAACUUGCAAAUCAUUAUAUUAAAAUAGUCAAUUAUUGACUAAUAUAAGUACGGCAAAAGUAAGUUGUCAUAUCACAAAUAUCCACAAAUUAUAAUGUUUAGCCAAUGACUUGUCUACGACUGGAAUUAUAAUUAUUUCACACGCUUCAUUUUAAUAAAAAAAAAGCGAACUGUAACAAUGACGCUUAAAGGGAACUGUGAGACAGCCAGUGCUAACAACACGGCCACGCAGCGAGUAGUGUGUCGUCUGACUACCACUAUGAAUAUAAAUAUAUACCACUAUUCGCAACAUAGCAUUUAUACAUAGAGUUAGACGUUUUAAAUGCAUGUUAACCAUAGCUAAACAUUCCAGAUACUUGUUGUUAUUUAUUUUAUUACUUUAGUUAGAUGUACCACUACAAGUUUAAACAAUAGUGACCGAGUGAAAUCAUAUGUAUAGUUGACUUAAGUAUAUUUAACGUAAGAAGGUUUUAUAGUGUACGGUAUUAUUAUUUAAUCUUUUUGUAUCAUGUGUGUACUUUUAUGUUAGCACCAAUAUGUGUGUAUCAUUGCUUGAACCUUGAAUUCUAUUCUUGAUUUGGUUUUCGAUAAAGAUAAUGUAAAUAAUAUGUUUAUAGUUUGUGCACGUGACGUUAUAAAUUGUGAUACCAUAAUGGACUUAAGCUGAACUUCCUUCACGAGUGACAAUAUUCUCUUAUAUUAUCUCUGUGCCUUUAUUUGUAUUUAAUCUAGGCUGGUUUCUAGGGCAGCCAACAAGCAAGAAAUUAUCUAAUUUGAUCUGGGAUCUCAAUAAUUUUAAUCAUCAUGUAAUUUUAACACGCGACUUAAAUUACAUAACUUUUGUAUUGAAUUACUUUGGGUAUUAUACUGAUGAAUAAAUCACCUAAUGAUGAGAUAAAAAGAUAAUUAGGUAUAUUUUUAUUAUUCAAUAGUCCCCAGAGCCCAGCUUUCAGUUCUUUUAAUUAAAGAAACUGUUGGUUAUAAUUUAAUAAUUCAUAAUACAUUCGGUUAUAAGACAGCCAGUGCUGCUGUGUAUUUAAAUUUAGGAAAUAUGGAUCGACUGACUAUUAUCGUCACUAAAACCUUGUUAAACACUAUCUAAAAGUAAGCUGUAACACUUGUGUACACUUGUGGUUAGUCAGCGCAAAUCCCAAUUCUCCAAAUGAAAUAAAUUUCCGGCCUAUUCAUAUUUCCUAAAGUAAAUAAGGUUCAAAUUUGGGUCUUUUUUUAUUGUGUUGUAAUGCUACAUUUUUGUAAAUUUUGCCUACAAAUUUAGCAUUAUGACAUUCCGUCGCGCAAUAUUUUAAUGGGAUUUUAAUUACUUUAAUAUAAUUAACGAUUCAUUUGACGCUUUUAAACGAAACGCUUUUGUUGUUUUGUCGUUUGUUUUUGUAAUGGAAUUGAGUGAAUUUCAUUUAUAAUCUGUAGUGUGUAACCAAGCACAGGGGGGUUUAUGACGCUUGUGUACUUACAUUGAAGAAUUUUAUACAUAAAAAAACAUUGUAAUGUUAAUAAUUUGAAGAUUGUAAUGACCACCAUACGUCGUAUCUAGAGUCAGCGAACUAAUCUCUACAAUUAAAUACUCACCUGUACUAGGUGAUUUAUAUUAUAUAAUAUUUUUUUAUACCGUAAACGGGCAUUUGUAUUUAAACUUGUACCCCCAACGUUUGUGUUAGAAUUGGAAAUUUUCUUUUUAUUUGUACUUAGAAUCACAACUUCCAUCCUUACCGAGAAAAAAUGUUUUUGUUAAUUCUGUCACGUAUUCAAUACCACCUUCUAUGACCAUAUAACAAGUUGGACAAAUAAAAAAAUUAUGAAAUUC